AUGGACGAGAGCGCGUCGUCGCAAAGUCGGGUUGAGAUUGACAGCGACGACAGCGACAGUGAGGCGGACGAGCUCAUGCCGCGCGCAUUCCAGAUCGAGCAAGAUCUGACCGAUGAUCUCAGCCAGCCGCCGACGACGGGCGAGCAGUUCCUCCGACGGGUGCAUCUGACGAACGACGAGGCAUGGCGGAAACUGUGCCUGGGCGAUGAUGAACUGAGCAGUCGUGACACAGCGACAUAUCCGUCCUACGAGCUGCUGUGCAGUUGGGAUCAGAAAACUAUUUGCACCGUGCUGGCCAAAAUGGGACGCUGGAAUAUGGCGCACAAACCCCAUUCAGUCAUUGUACGGCGGCUCCAGUGGUGCUUCUCGCUACUCGUCUGUCUCGAUCGGCUAUUUACUAUGGAGACGGCCUUCAUUUUGAGGGAGCUUCUUCGAAGCAUGCUCAGAGAGCGCCGAAAAUUGCCCAACGAGACUUUGGACAAUUCGGAACAUCUUGCCGGCGCGGACUUGAUCAUAACGCUCAUCGCCCACUAUUUCGACCAAUCUGACGUCCUUCGCGAAACGUGA